AUGCUUUCUUUUACAGUUUUGCUGGCGGCAUCCGCCUGGACGAGUGUCUCAUUUGCGAAGCCCAUUCCUGUUCCCCAGGUUGAAAUCAAGACAGGUUUCACCCUUGUGCAAAGUGUUGCAAAGCCAUUCCAGGCUGGUCCUGUGGUUUUGCAAAGGGCCUACCUCAAAUACAACAGUUCCGUGCCCGCUGAUGUCAAGGCCGCAGCAGCAGGUGGGACCGUCACUGCUACUCCUGAACAAUAUGACGCCGAAUACCUCUGCCCUGUCAACAUUGGAGGUCAAACGUUAAACCUCGAUUUUGAUACCGGGUCCUCAGAUCUGUGGGUUUUCUCGUCCGAGCUGUCCAGCUCCGAGCAAUCUGGACACAGCAUCUACGAUCCGUCCAAGUCCAGCACGGCCAAGGAGCUAAGCGGAGCCACCUGGAAAAUAUCCUAUGGCGAUGGAUCGAGUGCGAGCGGGAACGUCUACACUGACACUGUCAAUGUCGGUGGCACGACAGUCACCGGACAAGCUGUCGAACUUGCCCAACAGAUCAGUUCACAGUUUCAACAAGACGCAAACAACGACGGUCUCCUCGGUCUGGCUUUCAGCUCCAUCAACACGGUCCAACCUCAGCAGCAAACCACCUUCUUCGACACUGCAAUUUCUCAAGGCGUUCUUCAGCAGAACGUCUUCACGGCUGACUUGAAGAAAGGUGCCCCAGGAUCCUACGACUUUGGCUUCAUUGACAGCAGCAAAUACACCGGUGACAUCACCUAUACACCUGUGGACAACUCUCAGGGCUUCUGGGAAUUCACUGGUACAGGCUACCAGGUUGGCAACGGGAGAUUCCAGUCUGCAAGCAUUGAUGCCAUUGCUGACACCGGCACCACUCUCCUUCUCAUGGAUGAUAACAUUGUUUCGGCCUACUACAACCAAGUUGACGGCGCCCAGUACGACAAUUCCCAGGGCGGCUAUACUUUCCCGUGUUCUGCGAAUCUCCCCGACUUCGCUGUCGGUGUUGGCAGCUAUCACGCUGUCAUUCCAGGAUCAUUCAUGAAUUUCGCUCCUACCUCCGCCGCUUCCUCUUCUUGUUAUGGUGGCCUUCAGAGCAACCAGGGCAUUGGGAUCUCUAUCUAUGGUGACAUUUUCCUCAAGGCCGUCUUCGCUGUUUUUGACAACGAUAACAUGCAAUUUGGCGUUGCGGCGAAGAACUUGUAA